AUGGCGGAUUUCACUUGUACGACGCCGUUUCUGCUUUAUCCAUCACUCGUCAUCAUCCUCUUCUUCUACUCCAUUAAUCACCAUAACCGAUUUUUCUCCUCCGUCGUCGAUGAUGAUCCUUCUUGUCGUCUCUCUCUCUCCUCUUCUUCUUCUCAAGAAGCUGUUUUCUCUCCAUUCAGAUUCCUCCCUUUUCGUUCUUCUUGUCUCCCCGCUCUCAACAAUACGUCAGAAGAAGUUGCGGUGGUAGAAGAAGUUGAUGAAGCGGUGGAGAGAAUCGAAGAAGGUUUGGCGAUGGCGAGAGCCUCCAUAAAGAAAGCCAGAGAAGAGAAUCUCCGUCGUCGUCGUGAUCGGAGGAACAAUUCGGAUAUGGGAUUCGUAUCAAAUGGAUCUGUCUAUCUCAAUGCUUUUACUUUUCAUCAGAGCCACAGAGAGAUGGAGAAGAGAUUCAAGAUAUGGACAUAUAGAGAAGGAGAACCUCCUCUGUUUCACAAAGGUCCUCUCAACAAUAUUUACGCCAUUGAAGGCCAAUUCAUGGACGAGAUCGAGAACGGAAAAAGCCGUUUCUCGGCUGCUUCACCGGAGGAAGCCACCGUGUUCUACAUCCCUGUAGGGAUCGUCAAUAUCAUACGUUUUGUCUAUAGACCUUACACUAGCUAUGCCCGUGACCGUCUCCAAAACAUUGUCAAAGACUACAUCUCUCUCGUCUCUAACCGUUACCCUUAUUGGAAUCGUAGUCGCGGUGCUGACCAUUUCUUCCUCUCCUGUCAUGACUGGGUGAGUCUCUCUUUAACUUAUACACGUUUCUUGUUUCCCAAGUUAACUGGGAAAAGCCCUAGACCUAACUUUCCUCUUUGUUCAUUGUUCUUCAAGGCACCCGAUGUUUCAGCGGUGGAUCCAGAACUAUACAAGCAUUUCAUCAGAGCGCUCUGCAAUGCCAAUGCCUCCGAGGGAUUCGCUCCCAUGAGAGACGUUUCAUUACCGGAAAUCAACAUUCAAUACGGCCAAUUAGGGUUUGUACACAAUGGAGAGCCGCCUGAGAACCGAAAACUCUUAGCCUUCUUCGCCGGCGGUUCCCACGGAGAAGUCCGGAAAAUACUUUUCGAACACUGGAAAGAAAAAGAUAAAGAUGUCCUCGUCUACGAGAAUCUCCCCAAAACCAUGAACUACACCAAAAUGAUGGACAAGGCAAAGUUUUGUCUAUGUCCAAGCGGCUGGGAAGUGGCGAGUCCAAGAAUCGUGGAGUCUCUGUACUCUGGCUGCGUUCCGGUCAUCAUCGCAGAUGCUUACGUUCUUCCGUUUAGCGACGUGUUGAACUGGAAGAGCUUCUCUGUUCAUAUUCCGAUAUCCAAGAUUCCGGAGAUAAAGAAGAUCAUCGAAGCGAUCUCGGAAGAAGAGUACUUGAAGAUGCAGAGGGGUGUGCUUAAGGUUCGAAAACACUUUGUGGUAAACAGACCAUCGAAGCCAUUUGAUAUGUUGCACAUGAUUAUGCAUUCCAUUUGGUUACGGAGGCUUAAUGUUCGAAUCCCUCUUUCAUAG